AACGAAAUCCCCGAAGAAGAAGCCGCGAGGUCAGAGGUAAAACAUGGUUGAGCACGGGGAUAUCCGCGUGGUUCACCGAGGUGGCAGUAAAAUAAACUUCAGAGAGCCUGUCAUAACCAAUGAUUCUAAGUUUCUCCUGUGCGCCUCUGGAGAGUCGGUGAAGGUUUUCAGCACCUCCACGGAAGAAUGUAUCCACGACCUGAGGGGACACACAGACCUGGUGACAGGUGUACUGCUCAAACCCUCCAACCACUUACAGGUCUUCUCUUGCUCAGCAGAUGGCACUGUCAGACUUUGGGACUUCACAGAUGGCAUUCUCAUCAAGACUUAUGUCAUUGGAUACCCAAUUCACUCCAUCUACGCAUCAGCACAUCAUGAAGGAGUCAUCUUUGUUGUUACUCCCAUUAGAGGUGACAAAAGGACAGAGUUGUUCCAGCUGGUUGCGGUACAUCUGCCCCAGAGUGGAGAUCAGCUGGUGGAGACCCGAGAGCUUUCUGCUGUGCUCAGCGACGUCAGCUCCAACCCAGCGGCCAUAGACUUUGGCAGAGGGGGUGAAUAUAUCGCUUCAGCUAAAGGUCUGCAGCUAGAGGUCUACUUCUUCAAGAAACAGAAGGCUUACAGAUUUUCCCUCAAAGAACACAACAAGAAAGGAGGAAAGAACACGUUCACAUGCAUUUCCUGCCACCCCAAAGACGACUGCAUCGCCACUGGACAUGAAGACGGCAAGAUUCGCCUUUGGAGAAACUUCAACCAUAAGAAAGAGUACACCUACUCCACCCUGCACUGGCACCACAACGCUGUCAGCUCUCUGUGCUUCACACCUGAAGGCACAAACCUGCUGAGUGGAGGUGUCGAGUCUGUGCUCGUCCAGUGGAGAUACAACCAGGAGAGCCAGAAGGACUUUCUGCCCCGUCUGGGCGCCGCCAUCACACACAUCGCUGUCUCACCUGACGGAGCGCUGUUCUGUACCUCCCACAGCGACAACAAGGUCACGAUCAUCCAGAGCUGUGUGAAAGUCUCAGCUGUCAUUCAGGGUCUGGUCAAAGGAGAAAGUGUGAGGACAGACUUAAUGGUCGACCCUCGCAGCAAAUCUCUGGUGCUGAAUGGAAAACCAGGACACUUGCAGUUUUACUCGCUCCAAAGAGACAAACUGCUCUACAAUCUGGAUAUAGUGCAGCAGGAGUUUAUUCAUGAGUCCGGUCUGCAGCAGUUUGAGGUGGUGAAGGCUGCCUUCGAUGCGUCUGGCAGCUGGCUGGCAACGGUGGAAGAAAGAAAACAGAAAGUUGCUGAGCUGGAGCUGAACUUGAAGCUGUGGGCUUUUGAUGAACAGACACAGAGUUUUGUGCUGAACACAACCAUCUCGGCUCCCCACGAGGACCAGAUUACAGCCAUGUGCUUUUGCCAUGCCGCCGACAGCCAGACCACCAUGCUGGUCUCUGCCAGCAAAGAUGGACACUUCAAAGCCUGGCAGCUCACUGCUGCAGCCCACACAGAAGCAGAUGAAGGUUCGUCCUGGUCAUGUGAUUUUGUCGGGGCCUAUCACAGCCUGGUGCCUGAGUGCUGCUGUUUCUCAGCCGACGGGUCUCUGCUGGCCGUCAGUUUUCAGGAGGUGGUGACUGUGUGGAGCCCGGCCUCCUGGGAGCUCCUGACCACUCUGUCCCAGCCUCCAGGAGCCGUCAGGAAUCUUUGUUUUGGGCGACUGAGCUGCUCAAAGUAUCUGCUGGGAACGACAGCCGGCAACCUGCUCUGCUGCUGGAACCUCCUCACCUGCUCACUGGAAUGGAGCACGUCGAUGGACGUCAGCCUGCUGCUGGCUGACCCGCUCUCUGAAAACAUGGCUGCCUUCUGCUGUCAGGCUGGAAACACAGACUUGUUCGUAUUUAAGCCCAGUGAACCUCGGCCGUUGUUUUCCCGUAAGGCCAUUUGCUCUGGGAAAGUGACUCGGGCUGUCUUUGCUCCGAGGGAGGAGAUGCUGGAGAGCUGUGAGGAGAGCAGCCAGUGGCUCAAUAGAUCCCAGCUCUACUUCCUCACUCAGUACAUGGAUCUCAUGACCUUCACCACUAAAGCAGAGGAGGACAGACUGAUGGCAGCAAGCAAACAGCUCGUUAUUGAUGACAGCGUUGCCAUGACACCAUUCUACCUGUUGCUGGGGAAACACCGGCAACAGGAAAACCAGGAAGAGCCGAGUGGUGCGUCUGCAGAGAGAACACCUCUCCCACAGGGCUCAGUGGCUAUCAAAGAGCUCCUGACGACACCGGCCCACGUCCUCCCCUCCACCUCUUUCCUCUGCUCCAUGUUUGUUCAGUCUCUGCUCGUCUCUGUUAAGGAAACAAGAGAGGAAAACAAACUGGCAGAGGAGGAAAUGGAGAGUGAGAAAGAGGAAGAGGAUUCAGAAGGGGAAAUGGAAACGAGCAGCUUAAGGGUAACCCAGCAGUCGUCUGUGGGAGUCGAGGACGCUGAGUCUGAAACUGCUCUGACCAAAGCUCAGGUUCAAGAACUGAGGAGGGUGAGGAAACUGGACCACAGCUGGAUCACAGGCCUGCUGGACUCGUGAAUGUGACCCUGUGCAAAGACUCUUGUAAUGCAGUGUGCAGAGAAAGUUAACAUCACAUUAAUGGAGUUUUAUUGUGGUAAACUAUGAUGUCAGAGUAAAAAAAUGUGAACGAAUCACCAUGCAAAUACAAAACAGAAAAGAUUUGAAGGUAAAAGUUGAAGCUGGAAUGAAUGUGGUUCUCUCCAGGAUACCAGCAUGGUUUCUGAGACCUUUGUGUUUAUUUUUGUAGUUGUUUUUUGGAAAAUAAAUCUCUUACUGAGUCACA